AUGGAGUCCGGGUCCAGCAGCGCGAUCAAAACAUCGCCUGAGUCGAAGGAGGCUCCACCAGAGCGGCCGGCCGCGGUAUGGACCCGACGCGUCAUAAUAGCGGCAUUUUGGGCCGUCGCCCUGUUCUUGGGUUUGCCGCAUUGGACAUGGACCACCUCACUACAUCGGUCAACAUUGCCAUUGGAGGCUAUGAGUUCGUGGGCGGAGGGACAGGCCUGCCAACUACAAUAUCCUUUACACAUUUCCUUGCAAAGCACAGAUUUGCCCAGAGAUCAGCUUGAGGAUUUGACCAGACAGACAGAAUCGGUGCUCAAUAAUUGGCAAACACUCCCGCUGCACAGAUACAUCUUAUCCGCGGGCGGUGCAAAUGUGUCAGACAGCGCAUUGGUCGUACAGCUGGAAACAUCAGACAUCCAGGAUUCAAAAGCAACAUUGAGACCGUGGGGAUCAAUCCUGGAUGUUCAACAUGGUCUCCGAACGCCCGAAGAAACGAAAAGCGCGGCACUUUUCAUUGCAACCGAGAUGAUCAAGCUUUUCGAGGAUGAGAGGGCCUCACUAUUUCGCCUAUUGAAGGAUAGCGCAUUCUCGCAAGGCAUUGAGUCAAAUCCCCUCAGUCCGGAGAGAAUUGCCAGUCUGGACGGACGAACUACUCGAGCUUUCAAGUAUGCCUCAUCGUAUCAUCUCACAUUCUCCCUCUUCACGCCUGCAGCUUCCCCUUCUGCGUGGGAGAUUGACGAAGCCUUGGAGAGAUACAUCUCCCCUCUACUAGCACCACUAUCUUCAAUCAGCAGCUUCACCAUCGACACUCAAGUGCAGCUCUAUGCGGCUUUCAGCCCAUCUAUCGCGGGCCCAGUCUUCAAGGCAGAGCAGAAUAAAUGGACGCUUCACUAUGGGGAUCUCACAGGAUUCGUCAACGCAGCGGAGUGGCCUUUGAGUCCGGGAAUUGGAUCUGGACCGACGAUCAAUUUCGUGCUCUACGUCCCUUCUCCGGAUCAGAGACCUCUCGUGAUUGAGGAGAAUGAGGGUACGAGCUGGAUCAUCCCUCAAUGGGGUGGCGUGCAGAUUCUCAAUCCUAUGGGAGACAGCACUAGUGGUUUGACGGAAGAGGACCUACGACCGGUUAUGCACACAUUUGCGGACCAACUGGCGGCACUUUUGGGUGUGCCUCCAACACCAGCCUCACUUUCACUUCGAAUUGCAAGUCUGUUUCGAGAGCGAGCAACAACUCUAGUUCUAUCAGCUUCAUCCACUUUAGGCGCAUUGUCUCGUCUCAGCUUGAAGCUCACCUCCAUCGCAAUCCCAGAUUCAGUGGCGAAAUCCGUGGAUGAGACUUUGCACCGACUGGAGAAAGCCUGCGGUGCUUUGCAGGAAGGAAAGUUCCAAAGUGCUCUUGAGCACGCUCGUGUUGCCGAAGCUGAGGUUGAGAAGGCGUUCUUUGAGCCUUCUAUGGUCGGACAGGUUUACUUUCCUGAAGAGCACAAGGUGGCGGUCUAUGUGCCACUCCUCGGUCCAAUGGCUGUGCCACUCAUCAUGUCCGCUCUGAAGGAACUCAAAAAGCUUCGUGAGAAGAAACAGAAAGGAGCUUGA